CCAAAAAAACACUCAUACACCGGCGACCUUAGCUCCCUGUGCCGCCACCGGCCUCCUUUACUCACUCUGCUGCUACCAGCCUCUAUCACCAUCCUUCUUCCUCUAGUACCGAAGAACGAGGUUGAUUUAUACCAUACACCUACUGAUUUUGAAGGUGAGACAGGGGUUGCAAAUCGACGCCUCAUAGAAGACCUGCAAAACAAUGCCAAGUAAUGGACCUGCAAAUCGAUCCCAAACACUACGCCUUCAAGAAGGUUGUCGUCCCAAACCUCCAUCUCACCCAUUUCCUUUUCCGCCUGCACUAACCUCCACCCAGAUCGAUGGAGUUGUUUAUGGUCGAUUUGUUUCACUGCAAUAAUGCUUCCUUAUAAACUUAAAUCCGAAAAUUAAAGUCCAUGUAUCGAAAUUUCCAUUCAAAUCGAAUCUGAAAAUCGUUUCCAAUUUGGUUUAAGGAGCCAAAAUCAAAAUUAGGGAGUGAAGUAGAGUACUAGAGUGAAGAGAUUGAGGGGGUUCAUAGAUUUUACAGGAAAGAGCUUGUAGUGUAGAGGAUGCAGUGGUGAUAGAUGUGCAAGAAGGGAAGCUGGUGGUGUGGGUUUCCGGCCACUGGUGGUGUGGGUUUCCAACCUAUUGUCGUUGGUUUCCGGUGUGGGUGUUCUUGAGACUGUGUGUUUGUGUGUGUUUUUGAAAAAGAUAGAAAUAAGUGAAGUUGAGUGAUGUCUAGCAGAGAGAUAUACUAGGGUGAUGGUGGCGAACCAGGUAACUCCGGUGAAAAUGGAGGCCGCUGAUGCUGGUUACAGACACGGGUGAUGGAGGGUGGCGGUGAUGAUUGGGAUACUCUCCUCAUUAGUAUUAUGACAGGGAUGAAAGGAGCUAUUUGACUCCACGUAGAACUGCCUGGAUGACACCAUUGCCGACCAGGUUCUCCUUCCUCACUUUUAAGUUUUGACCAUCGCUCUCAAUCCCUCCCCAACUUCUCCAAACAAAUAAAAAUCUGAUAAUCGCCAUGGUAUCCAGAUGGAUCAAUGGCGGAUUGCAGCAAGAAAAGAGUGACUCCAAGAAAGACGACGCCCUAGAACAAUGUUUGGUAUGCAGUCAAUUCGGAAUUCCGAAUUUCCACUCCACGAGCUGCGAUCCUACACAUCAACCUGCAUGGGAGGCUCUCGCUGGAUCAUCUUUAGUUCCGAUCAAGGCCCGUCGUCAGGUUAAAGAUCAAAACCGGAGGUCGUCAACGGAGGGAUACAUCCGUCGCGUUUUGGAUCCCCGUAGCGACAGAGUGAUGUGGUGGAGCCGAGUGUUUCUUUUUGCACGUUUCGCUGCAUUGGCCGUAGAUCCAUUCUUCUUUUUUGCACUGGCAGUGGCUGACGACGGUGGCGACGGUGAUGGUGGUGGUGGGCCGUGUAUAUAUAUAGACGAAACGGUAGUGAGAACGGUGAGCAUUGUACGAACCUGCGUCGACGCCAUGCACCUGUGCCACGUGUGGCUUCAGUUCCGUUUGGCUUACGUGUCUAAGGAAUCUUUAGUAGUUGGAUGUGGGACGCUAGUGUGGGAUGCACGUGAUAUCGCCUUUCAUUACCUUCGAUCCCUUACAGGAUUUUGGUUAGAUGUAUUCGUCCUCUUACCAAUCCCCCAGGUGGCAUAUUUGUGGGUACUACCAAGAUUCCUAAGAGAAGAGAAGGUAUCGACCAUAAUGAUACUUGUACAACUCAUUUUCUUGUUCCAAUACAUCCCUAAAGUUUGGCAUGGCUACAUCUUAAUGUAUCGUAUGCGGCUUGUCAACGGGUACAUCUUUGGGUCAAUCUGGUUUCGUGUAGGCCUCAGUUUCAUGGCUUACUACCUCGGUUUUCAUUCAUCAGGAGGAUAUUGGUAUGCACUAGCCAUACAACGCGUUGUUUUAUGCCUAACUAAACAAUGUGAUGCUAGCAAGAAAUGUAGCACCCUCUUUCUAUCGUGCUCAAGUAAUCCCAAAUCUAGAAGUAGAAGCUCCAUGUGCUUAGAUGAGGACGGGUCUUUUCCUUAUGGAAUCUAUCAGUUUGCUAUUCCUGUAAUUUCAAUUGAUUCUGUCGCCUCAAGGAUCUCAUACAGUGAGUUAUGGGGUAUAACUUCUUUCAGCACUAUGGGCAAUAUUCUUGAGCCUACCAGUGAGAUCUUGGAGGUGAUUUUGUCAUGUUAUAUGGUGCUUGUUGGGCUACUGCUUUUCACAGUGCUAGUUGCGACUAUUCAGGUAUUCUUGUAUGCACUUGCGGGAAGGACUACUAGAGCACAAAUAACACUUAGAGACAUGGAAUGGUGGAUGAAACGAAGACAAUUGCCUUCUGCUUUGAGAAAAAGAGUUCGCCAUUUUGAGAAUCAAAGGUGGUCAUUUAUGGGAGGUCAAGAUGAUAUGGAUAUGAUCCAAGAUCUGCCUGUAGGACUUAGACGAGAUAUCAAACGUUAUCUUUGCUUGGACCUCAUAAAAAAGGCACCAUUUUUCAACUUCAUGGAUGAUGUAAUUCUUGACAAUAUUUGUGAUCGAGUUACAUACUUCGUCUACUCAAAGGGCGAAAAGAUUAUCAGAGAAGGAGAUCCUGUCCAGAGAAUGGUGUUUAUAGUUGAUGGAAAAGUAAAAAGAACCCAAUUGCUAAGUCGAGGGAUGGUUGCAACAAGCACAUUAGAACCAGGGAGUUUCUUUGGAGAUGAGCUACUUUCAUGGUGCCUUCGGGUUCCAUUUAUAGCCCGUUUUCCUGCUGCAACUGCUACAUUCACUUGUGUCAAGCCAACAGAAGCAUUUGCACUAGAUGCUAAACAUCUAAGGUACAUCACUAAUCAUUUUCGUUACAAUUUUGUUAAUGAAAAAAUGAAGCGAAGAGCAAGGUACUAUUCAUCAAACUGGAGAACAUGGGCUGCUGUUAACAUACAAAUUGCAUGGCGCCAUUAUGUUUCAAGAACAAGGAGGGGGACACCGAAUCAUGGUUCAAUGAAUAAUGUCCGGCUUCAACAUUAUGCGGCUAUGUUCAUGUCGUUUAAGCCUCACGACCACCUUGAAUGAAAAAUAAAAAAUGUAUUUUGGUAGGAUUGUUAUAAGAUGAUGUAUCUAACUUUUUAUGUGUUAUAAGAAGGUUUUAUUGCAUAAAAUUUUGAGAAAA